GCCAUUUUGUGUGGGCUGCUGAAAGGCUUCGCGAAAUAUAGCAGCUGAAAAUCAGAGAAAAAGGGAGAAAACAAGAAGCUAGGAGAAACGAGUGUUUUCCUUCUUUGUUUGUUCUCUCAUUUUUGUGUUACAGUAAAACAGAUAUCAGCGUCUUAAAGACAUUUUUAAUUGGUUGCCUACAGGAUUGAAUUGCCUUCAUGUUAAGGAGAGCUAUCUGAUUAUUACAGCUCAAUACUGUUUGUGGCUGCAUGUCCUUGUGUUUGACCUAGCAGUGUGCCUCUGGGAGAACUUCAAAACUGGUGUGUUGUUUCAGAGCAGCAUGGCUGUGGUCAUCCGCUUGCAAGGCCUGCCAAUUGUGGCGGGGACCAUGGACAUUCGCCACUUCUUCUCUGGAUUGACCAUUCCUGAUGGUGGUGUGCAUAUUGUAGGGGGUGAACUGGGUGAGGCUUUCAUCGUUUUUGCCACUGAUGAAGAUGCACGGCUUGGCAUGAUGCGGACAGGUGGUACGAUCAAAGGUUCAAAAGUGUCAUUGUUGCUAAGUAGUAAAACUGAAAUGCAAAAUAUGAUUGAACAAAGUCGUAGGCGGUUUGAAACUGCAAGUGUAGAUUUGCCACCUGCAAAUUCAAGCCGUUCUGGGCCACCUCCCAACACUGGGAUUGGAACUAGCCCUGCAAUGACCAGAGUAAAUUUGCCAACUACAGUGUCUAGUUUUAGCAACCCUCCUACUAGUACAGUAACUGCAGUUACAUCUGUACCAGAAAGCAAUAAGAACAUCACUACGUUCUCAACAGCCAGCAUUGGAACUACACCACCAAACCUUGGAGCUCCCUUUUGUAAUCCAACAUUUAGUUCUACAAUGUCUAGUGUAGCAGCACCUUUGGCUACUGUACCACCACCACCGAUUCCUCCACUGCCAACAAUGCCUACCCUGCCAACCUUGCCACCUAUGCCUUCUAUGCCUCCCAUGAAUGUCCCUCCGCCAGUACCUACCUUACCUCCAGUUCCCCCAGUUCCACCUAUCCCACCUGUCCCUCCAGUUCCACCAAUGGCUCCUAUUCCACCCAUGUCAGGGAUGCCUCCCAUGAAUCCACCACCAGUAGCACCAAUGCCUGCAGGAAUAAAUGGUUCUGGAUCGUUACUACCUAGUAAUAUGAACCCAUUGUUUCUUGGUCCCUUAAAUGCAAUGCAGCCUAACCCGACAAAUACAAUGAAGUCACAUCAUAUCAAUCAGGAUGAUCCUUAUGUUUGCCUCGGUGGUCUGCCUUUUCCCGUUUCUGAAAAUGAUAUUAAGGAUUUUUUCCAUGGUUUGAGGGUAGAGGGUGUAAUACUUCUUAAAGACCAUAUGGGUCGCCUCACAGGCAGUGCACUAGUAAAGCUUCUCACUCCCCAUGACUCAUAUGAAGCUUUGAAAAGAAAUAGAAUGUUAAUGGGUCAGAGGUUUGUUGAAGUCACCCCAGCAACUGAGAGACAGUGGGUACUUUCUGGUGGUUACAAUGCAAAGCAAAGCUUAGGACCUCCUGGGCUUCCUCACUUUUUGCAGCAGUCAUUGCCCAGAUCCAAGUCACCCAGUGGACAGCAGCGUUCAAGGUCCAGAUCUCCACAUGAGCAUGGUUACUGUGUUUAUCUGAAAGGGUUGCCAUAUGAGGCUGAAAACAAACACUUAAUAGAGUUCUUUAAAAAUUUAGAUAUUAUUGAAGAUAGCAUAUACAUAGCAUAUGGGCCCAAUGGUAAGGCAACAGGCGAAGGUUUUCUUGAAUUUAAAAAUGAGGUGGACUAUAAGACUGCAUUAUGCCGUCAUAAACAGCAUAUGGGAAACCGUUUUAUACAAGUUCACCCCAUAACUAAAAAAACAAUGUUUGAAAAGAUAGAUAUGAUUCGUAAAAAACUGCAGAGUUUUAACUAUAUUGAUAAUAAAGACCGUCCACUAAAUAUAGAGGCAGAACAGCAUGUACACAGAAUGUGUGGACACUUGUCAAAUCUACCGUACAGUGUCACAAGGCAUGAGGUUCUCCAGUUUUUUCUAAUGGAAGGUGUAGGGGUUGAUGAGAACAGUGUGCAUGUCCUAACAGAUACCAAUGGACAAGGUUUAGGUCAGGCACUUGUUCAGUUUAGGAGUGAAGAAGAUGCACGCAAAUCAGAGCACCUACACCGUAAGCAGCUAAAUGGGAGAGACGCUUUCUUGCAUUUAAUUAGCACUGAAGAGAGGAAAGAAAUCGAGAAAAGUCCUCCAAUGCAAGGUAGGAAAGGGUUUAAAAUGCCAAUGCAUAAUCCCCCUUUAUCACUUGGAAUUAAUUCUGGGGGGGAUGAGUUUUGCCUUUUAAAUACAAGUGUAAAAGAUACAAACAGUGGUCCAAAUUUUAACUUCCCUAGUAACUUUAGUGGGCCAAAUAACCCUUUUGCUCCUCCCAUUCCACCUCCGUCUUUAGGUGGUGGCUUUGUAGAUACAAGGUCAGCUCCCCCUGUCCCACCUAAUGUUACUAGUUCAGCAGUUGAUUCCCAAAGCUUUGGGGCUGGGUCUAAUAGUUUCAGUGGGCCACCGUCUUCAUUUGGAAAUGGGCCACCACCAUUUGGAAAUGGACCUACAAAUUCAAAUGUUCCCCCUAACUUUAGUGGUGGUCCUCCAAAUCUAGCAACUGGCCCUGGAGGUAUAGGUGCACCACCCGGUUUUGGACCAGGGAAUCUACAAAUGACUGGGCCCCCUGGAUUUGGGUCUGGGUCUGGAAAACCAGGGCCAACUGUAAUCCGGGUACAGAACAUGCCUUUUACAGUUACAGUAGAUGAAAUAUUAGACUUUUUUUAUGGGUAUCAGUUAAUUCCUGGUUCUGUAUGCCUUAAGUAUAGUGAAAAAGGCAUGCCAACUGGGGAAGCCAUGGUUGCAUUUGAGUCCCGUGAUGAGGCAAUGGCAGCAGUAGUAGAUCUAAAUGACAGACCUAUUGGUUCAAGGAAAGUUAAACUUGUAUUAGGAUAGAACUUAACAUACUAUAUUAUAACUAGACCAGCAUCAUAUUGUGGGUUACAUCUCAAGAUAUAGUGUUAAUUUACACACGUAGACUAACACUAUAGAUAGGUUUGUUAGAGGAAGAUGCAAGAGUGCUUUGACUUACUAUUUACCAAACUGAUGCUGUUGCAUUUCCUGUAAUCAUUCCUAUAAGUUAAAACUUGCGUGAGUUUAUUCAAGUCCAUCAGGUUUUGCUGGUUUAGUUUUCUUCUACAUUAUUUUCAUUUGACAAAAUAUUUUUGAUACUAGAUAUCUAUCAUAUUGGAGGCUACAUCAUCUUUACAUUUGUGUGAUUAAAGAUGGCAGAUUAUUUAGUUUAAAAUAAGCUUAGUUCGAAAUAUUAUGCUUUUCCAUUCAUGUGUUUUUUUGUUGUUUUUUUUUUAAUUCAAGCAUUUAUUAUCAUGCUGCUUGUGUAAGGCGGUAUGUAGCAAACUAAUAUACCUGAAGCUAUUUUGUUGUUGAAAAACAAUAUCGUACACUUUUGGAAGUUGUUUAUAUUGUCAUAACUGUAUCUGACUUUGCCACAUGCUUAAAACUGCUGAAGACAUCUUUAAUAAAAUGCAUGUUCCAUAUUAGGCACA